AUGGUGGGGAAAACUCAUCACGUCAAGGCCGAAGACCAACAAGCCUCUAGUUCGGAGCAUAGGAGCGCGACCGACAGAGCCAGACACCCCUUCACUGGUCUCCGGGAGAGACUGAAGGAGACUCACUUGUACGAUGUGAAGGUCGGCGCAAUCCAUCUCAAGCACCGCCUGGGCAAAUUCGAGAACUUGGUCAACACCAACCACCGCCACGACGAGGAACACGAGCAGAAGACCGACAAGAAGCGCACGCUUAUCGCCGAGGGCCAUCGUUUCCAAUCAUUCGCGCCAGAGCGGGACGGCAACCGGAUCAAGUGGUAUGUCGACGGACGGGAUUACUUCCAUGCUGUGUCGGUAGCACUCGAACGAGCGCAAGAAACGCUGUAUAUUGCCGACUGGUGGAUCAGCCCGGAAUUGUUCCUAAGAAGACCGCCUCAUCUCAACCAGCAAUGGCGGCUCGAUUACACGUUGAAACGCGCUGCGGAGCGUGGCGUGAAGAUCUAUGUCAUCGUCUACAAAGAAGUGAAGCAGGCACUAACGUGCAACUCUCAACAUACGAAGCAUGCUCUGGAAGCCCUCUGUCCGGAAGGAAGCCCUGGGUUCGGCAACAUCACGGUCAUGCGGCAUCCUGACCACAACUUCCUCGAGAACGCCGGUGACAUGACGUUCUACUGGGCCCAUCACGAGAAGUUCAUUGUAGCCGACUACAAUUUAGCAUUCAUUGGUGGUCUCGAUCUCUGCUUCGGUCGUUGGGAUAGCAAAUGUCAUCCGCUGGCUGAUGCGCAUCCUGGUGGCGUGCAAAACGAGGUCUUCCCGGGACAAGACUUCAACAACAACCGUAUCAUGGACUUUCAAACGGUCGAAGACUGGAAGACCAACGAGCUGUCGAAGACCGAAUACGGUCGUAUGCCGUGGCAUGACGUCUCUAUGGGCGUGAUCGGACCUUGUAUUUAUGACAUUGCAGAGCACUUCGUGCUUCGCUGGAACUUCUGCAAGCGCGACAAGUACAAGCGGGAUGAGCAGUACGACUGGCUUACGAUGACUGGAAGGACAGGCGAGCAAGAAGACAUCAUCGGUGUUCAGCGCCCGAAACAUCCUGUUGGAGAUUACAUCAAUCACCCGUUGUCAUCUCUGGAACACAAGCGUGGAAACCCGUUUCAAGCACGUCUGUAUCACCAAGAAGGCCAGGCAGAUGCUGGAGCGGAGGAUGACGAGUUCCACGAUGCUCCAGAGGAGCUGGACGAGCACGGGUACACCGAAGACCAACAUCGGCAGCCGGCUGCAUGGUUCGAAGAUCACCUGCAUCGACCAAAGCCCAAGACGGAUAAAACUCUGCCGCAAUUGCCUGAAGAAGCCAAAAAGCGGGAUCCAGAACACAGUGAGCCGCAGAAGCAAGAGAAUCCUCACAUGACUGGCAACGAUCCUGCCAAUGAGGGGACCGUGACUGCAUCCGGCGGUGUGCACGAGAAGUCCAAAGCCCAUUACUCUACUGUGGCAGGUUUCGGCGUCUCUGGUGGUCACGGUACCGUUCGUGGCCAAGUGGUUCGCAGUUCGGCAGAUUGGUCCAGCGGUAUCCUCACGGAGUCAAGCAUACAGAAUGCCUACUGUGAGGUCAUCCGCGGAGCACAGCAUUACGUCUACAUCGAAAACCAGUUCUUCAUCACAGCAACGGGAGACAAGCAAUCGCCGAUCCACAAUCUCAUCGGCAAGGCAAUCGUCGACGCAUGUGUCAAUGCCGACACACAAGGCCGUAAGUUCCGGGUGAUCAUCGUCAUCCCGAGCAUACCAGGUUUCGCAGGCGAUCUACGAAGCGACGCUGCCGCAGGCACGCGCGCGAUCAUGGACUACCAGUACAAGUCGAUCUGCCGUGGAGAGCAUUCAAUUUUCGGCAGAAUCAAAGCCGCUGGUGUAGACCCGGCCAAGUAUGUCUUCAUCUUCAACUUGAGAUCGUACGACCGGAUCAACAACACCCCUGCGCUGAAGAAGCAGGCGGAGCAGUCCGGGGUCUCGUACCAGGAGUUACAGCGAGCGCAGGCGGAGGAGAUCAUGGGUGAGAACAUUCACGGUGCGCCUGGGGAGAAACCGAAAAAGUCGAAGCAGAAGGGCGAGGGCAGGAAAUCAGCCCGCAAAGGGCAGCCAACCACCCCGAAGUCGCUCAUGAAGCGCACCGCUGAGAAAGAAGCAUAUGAAAGCUCAGAGUCCGAGUCAGAUCUGGACGACGAGCCGACGGCAGACCAAGGCGUAAGAAAUGCUGCGGAGCGGAAACGACGGUUCGAAGAACGUGCGCGGGACGUUGGACUUGCGAAUGAGGGCAAGGAUGAUCAUGUCAAGAGCGUAGACACUAUUGCGAAGGAUGCUCUUCUGUCAGGCACCAAGCCAUCGGAAGAGAACUAUGCUGGUCGCGCUCCUGGCGUAGGCGAGGGCGAUGAAGAAGAGCUGAGGGAGCAGGAGAAGGAGAACUUCAUCCAGGAAGAGCUGUAUAUUCACGCCAAGCUUUUAAUCGUCGACGACCGCACGGUCAUCUGCGGCUCCAGCAACAUCAACGACCGCUCCCAACUCGGCUUCCACGACUCCGAACUCUCCAUCGUCAUGGAAGACGCGCACAGCCUCCCCACCAAAAUGGACGGCAAAGACUACCUCGCCGGCCACCACGCCGCCUCCCUCCGCCGCAUUCUCUGGCGCGAACACCUCGGUCUCAUCCCCCCGCAAGAGAUCGACGCCGAGCACGACGUCAACGCCCAACCGCCCGACGACGGCGACAACGACUUCUUCGCCAACGACGAGCACGACGCCUUUGUGGCGGAUCCCAUGAACGACGAGCUGUGGAAAAUGUGGACCGAGCGCGCCACCACCAAUACCGGUGUCUUUCGCCAUCUGUUCCACGCGGAUCCGGACGACAACAUCAAGACGUAUGAAGACUACGACCACUUCAUGCCGCAGAAGAGCCACAAGGCCGGGCAUCUGUUCGAUCCGUACCAGCCGGUGGAUAAUGUGCGGAAGGAGCUGGAUCGGAUCAAGGGGCAUUUGGUGUGGAUGCCGUUGAAGUUUCUGCAGGAUGCGGAGAUGGCGGAGCGGGGGUUCCAGGUGAAUAGUUGGACGGAGAGUGUUUAUACCUGA